CCGCGGCCCCGGAGGUUUCACUGCACAACAAGAUGGCGGCGGCGGCGGCGAGCGGAGCUGGCGGGGCUGCCGUGGCCGGAGCUGGGGGUGCCGGGCCGGCCGGCCGCUUGCUGCCUCCGCCCGCUCCGGGGCCCCCGGCCACCCCCGCGGCUGUGUCCCCCGCGGCCGGCCCGCCGCGUCCCGCAGCCCCGGCCUCCCGUGGGCCGAUGCCCGCUCGCAUCGGCUACUACGAGAUCGACCGCACCAUCGGCAAGGGCAACUUCGCCGUGGUCAAGAGGGCCACGCACCUCGUCACCAAGGCCAAGGUUGCGAUCAAGAUCAUAGACAAGUCCCAGCUGGAUGAAGAGAACUUGAAGAAGAUUUUCCGGGAGGUUCAGAUCAUGAAGAUGCUGUGUCAUCCCCACAUCAUCAGGCUCUACCAGGUCAUGGAGACAGAACGGAUGAUUUAUCUGGUGACAGAGUACGCUAGUGGAGGGGAAAUAUUUGACCACCUGGUGGCCCAUGGUAGAAUGGCAGAAAAGGAAGCCCGGCGGAAGUUCAAACAGAUCGUCACAGCUGUCUAUUUUUGUCACUGUCGGAACAUUGUUCAUCGUGAUUUAAAAGCUGAAAAUUUGCUUCUGGAUGCCAAUCUGAAUAUCAAAAUAGCAGAUUUUGGCUUCAGUAACCUCUUCACUCCUGGGCAGCUGCUGAAGACGUGGUGUGGUAGCCCUCCCUAUGCUGCACCAGAACUCUUUGAAGGAAAGGAGUAUGAUGGGCCCAAAGUGGACAUCUGGAGUCUUGGAGUGGUCCUCUAUGUGCUUGUGUGCGGUGCCCUGCCAUUUGAUGGGAGCACACUGCAGAAUCUGCGGGCCCGGGUGCUGAGUGGGAAGUUCCGCAUCCCGUUUUUUAUGUCCACAGAAUGUGAGCACUUGAUCCGUCACAUGCUGGUGUUAGACCCAAAUAAACGCCUCUCAAUGGAGCAGAUCUGCAAGCACAAGUGGAUGAAGCUAGGAGAUGCGGAUCCCAACUUUGACAGGUUAAUAGCUGAAUGUCAGCAACUGAAGGAAGAAAGACAGAUGGAUCCCCUGAAUGAGGAUGUCCUUUUAGCCAUGGAGGACAUGGGACUGGACAAAGAGCGAACACUACAGUCAUUAAGAUCAGAUGCCUAUGAUCACUAUAGUGCAAUCUACAGCCUGCUGUGUGAUCGACAUAAGAGACAUAAAACCCUGCGUCUCGGAGCACUUCCUAGCAUGCCCCGAGCCAUGGCAUUUCAAGCACCAGUCAAUAUCCAGGCGGAGCCGGCAGGCACUGCUAUGAAUCUCAACGUCCCCCAGGUGCAGCUCAUCAACCCAGAGAACCAAAUUGUGGAGCCGGACGGAACCGUGAACUUGGACAGUGAUGAGGGCGAAGAGCCUUCCCCUGAAGCCUUGGUCCGCUAUCUGUCAAUGAGGAGGCACACAGUGGGUGUGGCUGACCCCCGCACGGAGGUGAUGGACGAUCUGCAGAAGCUCCUCCCCGGCUUUCCUGGUGUUAACCCACAGGCCCCAUUCCUGCAGGUGGCCCCUAACGUGAACUUCAUGCACAACCUGCUGCCCAUGCAAAAUUUGCAACCAACUGGGCAGCUUGAGUACAAGGAGCAGUCUCUGUUACAGCCACCCACCCUACAGCUGCUGAAUGGAAUGGGCCCCCUUGGCCGGAGGGCAUCAGAUGGAGGAGCCAACAUCCAAUUGCAUGCCCAGCAACUGCUGAAGCGCCCACGGGGACCCUCUCCACUUGUCACCAUGACACCAGCAGUGCCAGCAGUUACCCCUGUGGACGAGGAGAGCUCGGAUGGGGAGCCAGAUCAGGAGGCUGUGCAGAGGUACUUGGCAAAUAGGUCCAAAAGACAUACACUGGCCAUGACCAACCCUACAGCUGAGAUCCCGCCGGAGCUGCAGCGGCAGCUAGGACAGCAGGCUUUCCGUCCCCGGGUCUGGCCUCCUCACCUGGCACCUGAUCAGCAUCGCUCCACCUACAAGGACUCCAACACCCUGCACCUCCCCACGGAGCGCUUCUCCCCUGUGCGCCGGUUCUCAGAUGGGGCUGCAAGCAUCCAGGCCUUCAAAGCUCACCUGGAAAAACUGAGCAACAACAGCAGCAUCAAACAGUUGCAGCAGGAGUGUGAGCAGCUGCAGAAGAUGUACGGGGGGCAGAUUGAUGAAAGAACCCUGGAGAAGACCCAGCAGCAGCACGUGCUAUACCAGCAAGAGCAGCACCAACAAAUUCUCCAGCAGCAAAUUCAAGAUUCUAUCUGUCCUCCUCAGCCUUCCCCACCUCUUCAGGCUACAUGUGAAAAUCAGCCAGCCCUCCUCACUCAUCAGCUCCAGAGGUUAAGGAUUCAGCCUUCAAGCCCACCCCCCAACAACCCCAACAACCAUCUCUUCAGGCAACCAAGUAAUAGUCCUCCUCCCAUGAACAGUACCAUGAUCCAGUCUCACGGUGCUGCAUCCCCCUCCCAGUUUCAAGGCUUACCCUCCCGCAGUGCAAUCUUCCAGCAGCAGCCUGAGAAUUGUUCCCCUCCUCCCACCAUGGCACUAACCUGCUUGGGCAUGCAGCAGCCUACCCAGUCACAGCAGGUGACCAUCCAAGUGCAAGAGCCAGUUGACAUGCUCAGCACCAUGCCGGGAGCAGCUGCAGGCUCCACUGGGAGAGGCAUCUCCAUCAGCCCCAGUGCCAGCCAGAUUCAAAUGCAGCACCGUGCCAACCUUAUGGCCACCUUCAGCUAUGGGCACCCACCCCUGUCCAAGCAGCUGAGUGCCGACAGUGCAGAGGCCCACAGCUUGAACGUGAAUCGGUUCUCCCCUGCUAACUACGACCAGGCGCAUUUACACCCCCAUCUGUUUUCGGACCAGUCCCGGGGUUCCCCCAGCAGCUACAGCCCUUCAACAGGAGUGGGGUUCCCUCCAACCCAAGCCCUGAAAGUCCCUCCACUUGACCAAUUCCCCACCUUCCCUCCCAGUGCACACCAGCAGCCGCCACACUACACCACAUCGGCACUACAGCAGGCCCUGCUGUCCCCCACACCGCCAGACUAUACCAGACACCAGCAGGUACCCCACAUCCUUCAAGGACUGCUCUCUCCCCGGCAUUCGCUCACCGGCCACUCGGACAUUCGACUGCCCCCAGCAGAGUUUGCACAGCUCAUUAAAAGGCAGCAGCAGCAGCAACGGCAGCAGCAGCAGCAGCAGCAGCAGCAGCAAGAGUAUCAAGAAUUGUUCAGGCACAUGAACCAAGGGGAUGCUGGGAGCCUGGCUCCUAGCCUCGGGGGACAGAGUAUGACAGAACGCCAGGCUUUAUCUUAUCAAAAUGCUGACUCGUAUCACCACCACACCAGCCCCCAGCAUCUCCUACAGAUCAGGGCGCAACAAUGUAUCUCACAGGUGUCCUUGCCCACCCCGUCCCACGGGUGUGCUCAUCAGCCGGCACUGAUGCAUUCAGAGAGCAUGGAAGAGGACUGCUUGUGUGAAGGGGCCAAGGACGGCUUUCCAGACAGCAAGAGCUCAAAUACGUUGACCAAAAGUUGCCACAACAGCCCUCUGCUCUUGAGUACCGGUGUACCGGGGGACCCUGAAUCUUUGCUAGGAACUGUGAGUCAUGCCCAGGAAUUGGGGAUGCAUCCCUACGGACAUCAACCUACUGCUGCGUUCAGUAGAAAUAAGGUGCCCAGUCGAGAAUCUGUCAUAGGAAACUGCAUGGACAGAAGUUCUCCAGGACAAGCGAUGGAGGAUCACAGCGGGCUUGGGUGUCCAGCACGGCUGUCAGUCAGUGAGCAUCACAGGCCCCGGACCCUCCAGAGACACCACACGAUCCAGAACAGCGAUGAUGCUUACGUACAGCUGGAUAACUUGCCAGGAAUGAGUCUCGUGGCUGGGAAGGCGCUGAGUUCAGCCCGGAUGUCAGAUGCAGUUCUCAGUCAGUCUUCACUCAUGGGCAGUCAGCAGUUUCGGGAUGGGGCAAAUGAGGAAUGCGGUGUGAGUCUGGGAGGUCACGAGCACCUGGACCUAAGUGAAGGCAGCCAGCACUUAAACGCCUCUUGCUACCCGUCUACGUGUAUCACAGACAUUCUGCUCAGCUACAAGCAUCCUGAGGUGUCCUUCAGCAUGGAGCAGGCAGGCGUGUAACAAGAAGUCAAAAGUCUGUGUACAGCUUGGGAAGGAGAAGGCCGACCGUAAACCAACUGUAUCUAGCAGCAUCGCACCAAUCGCCAUCGUAUUUCUCUCUGCCCAGAAUUUCAUGGUUCCUUUCCUUGCAUUGUGCCCAUCAAUGGGCUGUGCUGUUAUUUUGGGUUCUGAGGGAGGUUUGCCAUGUUUGCUUGUAUGACCAAGUCACCAAGGAAAUAAACAGGAAAUCCAUUUUCUCUAUCUUUCGUGAAAGUGUAUUUGGUGUGUUUGAGUUGGUGGUUCCUUUUGUUUUGUUUUUGGGUUUGUGCUUUUUUUUAUUCGUUUUUGGUAUUUUCUUUUGGAGGUGAUUUUUUUUUCCUGCCUUUCUUGAUCCUUCUUUCUUUGUCUUUUGUUUCUGUCUUUGUUCAUUUUUGAGACAGGAGAGCCAGCAGUUAGGGUUCAGAGGCCAGGGGCCUCAGGGCCUUCCUUCAUCAGCAGAGCGCCCUCUCCUCCUUCACAUCCCCCUUCCACAAGAGCAAACACUAGAGGAUAACAUCUCAGGAAGCUCGUGGUGGAGAAAGGGACAGAGCCAGGGCCCAGGGACAAUGGUCUCUGGUGGUUGGAGAACAAAAAGAGAGAGAAGAGCCCAAACCUGGAACCCGAGAAGUCUCUACUGCUGGGAUUCACUGAAACACACGUGGCUCAGCAAGACUGGAUCAAAACUUUAGCACAGAGGCUGGGGUGACCUGGCACCGAUGGCUUGCCAGCUAGGAGGUCUCAGCUUGAGUCCCCUUUGGUGUAUAACUCAGCUCCCACUCUGUAGUCUGCCCAGUUGGUCACCUCCACCAUCUGACUGGUUCUACCAUGGACUAAAUACCCGACAACCGUGCACUAUGCGUUCUGUGUCAUCUUUCAUUCUCAUUUUCUGUCGUGCUAUGAAAAGGAUUGUUUCUCCGUGUGUGUGUGUGUGCAUAUGUGUGUAUAUGUAUGCAUAUGUGUGUGUGUGUGUGUGUGUGUGUGUGUGUUUGUGACUUUCCCUUUCUAACUCUUUGUCACAGGUAAGAAGAAUAGGAGGUUGUCUUGGGUUUUGCCUCUCUCUUAACCUCCUCCUCCCCCCUGGGCAUCCUCAGCUCCUUACAUUUUAAUUCUUGAUCAUGUAGGCAUUGUUUUUAGUAGAUGUUGAUAUUAUUGUUAUUAUUAAUAAAUAAAGACAAAAAGAAUUUUUGUUUAAAAGAGAAAUGUUUAGACAGAUUUUGUUCUAUUUGAAUUGUGACUUGCACCUUUUGUUCAAAAUAAUUUCUUUGGCAUUGUAAAUGUGAGCAGCUCCUACCUGUGCAGUGACAGCUGCAGUGGCCUCCUUUCCCUGCUGAAGCAGUGCAUACGCAAUAGCUAGUGUUUGCCAUUACCUUUCUUUCUCUUCACUGUUAGAAACCAAAGUCUUCUCUGCUGCCUGGGGCUGAGAGAGGAUCUGGGCUCUCUCCUUCUGAUUGUCAAAAGCAGAGAAAGAUGCUACAUACUCUGACUCGAACUUUUUUGCUAGGAAAGGAGAGUUAAAGGUCCCCAGCCCCCUCCUAAUCUUUCACACUGAAUUUGCACAGAAGAAAGUACCUGGGUACCCAGCAUGGCAUCCUGAUGUCGCUGGCAGGGUCCCCACGCAGCUUGACCUUCUCCACUGACACCGGCAGCUUGGCACCUGAGCCCCCUAUCCCUUUAGUGGAUUUUCGCAGUGCAAGAGCCUUGCUAGGGACUGGUCCCAUGUUCCCAUGACCCCUAUUUGCUCCUCCACUUGGAGGGGUCACCAACUAUUCACCAGAAGGGGGCCUACUCACCAAGAAAGUCCAAAAGGCUCUUGCUGACUUCUCUGGGCUCACUCCAACCCUGAUGCCCCCAACUUGCCCUGCUGUUCCCACAUGCUGGACUGGAUCUGAUCUGUUCACGGGGUACUGUAUUUAUGGAAGAGCAGGUGCUGCCCGCCAGCAGCCGCCCGGACGAAAGCCAGGGAGCCUAUUAACAGUGCCAUCUUGCGAACUCCACUUUUAAAAAAACACCAUUGCUUUGUAGUAACCAAUAUACGCAGUAUAUGUUGAAUGUAUACAAAUAUACUUUCCUAUAUCUGUCCUUUGAAAAUGUCAGAAGUAUUUUUUCUUUCUCAUUUAUGUUGAACUAAAAAAGGAUUUAAAAAAAAAAAAUCUCCAGACUCAAGUUACUAAGACCUUUUGUCCUUGUUUGUGUGGGGCAUUUACAACUUAGUAACUUGGUUGAACAGUAGGAGGUUGUGAAAAUAAAAACCUGAUUAUGUUCUAAUGCUGAUGUGUUAUUUUGUGGUUCAGAGUCUAGCUGGGAGAAGCACCCAGGUGGGUGGGAGCUGGAACACUGGAGUCUGGAGAAGUCUCCCAAGUUCAGGGUGGAGCUUUGAACAGUUAUUAUCUCACCUUGUCUUCUGAACCCGGCGUUCUCUAGAAUCCUAACUCAGCUUCACACCAGCCUGGACUCUAGCCCUCGGGAGGGAGCACCUGUGUUUGCUCCUUGGCAGGUCCCAGGGAAGUAGCAUCUUGAAGAGUCAGCCCUGGCUAGAACCUUUGUGGGGUGACCCCAACCAGCUUCAUGAUGGUGAUACCCAAAUAAGCAGUGGGACAGAAAGAGGACUUUGCCCAUUGUUUCCCCCUUUUGCACAUCUGGACUCCAAAGGGCAGGGCCUUGCUGGAAAUACCAGGCAUAGCUAAGAAUUGGUUGAAGGUCCUCUGUGAAGAAAGCUUACUGAACUUGGAAACACUGAGUUUAUAGAGAGUAGAGUGAGAGGAAGGAACUUAUGAAAGCCUUCGAGCCCAUGGGGAAUGAGAAAGUAACUGUGGGACUAGUCAGAACAGAAACUACCUUCUCAUGCAAGGGGAACUGAGUCUCUGGAACCAAGCUGUGAUCACCCCAGCAACUCACAAACACUUUUUGCCACAGGUGCUGCUCCUUUGAAGUCAGCCAGGUGCCUUGGGGCUAGAGGUAGGGUGGGCUCCCAGAGGAAACAGAGCAGCAUCUCCUGGAUAUACACCUGGAGACUUCUGGGCUCUAGAAAAUAGAAGCCUUGCUGAGAGAUCCUUCCUGAUCCUUCUUUCUGACUGCUAGGCCUCAUUCUCUAUUGACUACACAAAUAAGAAACCAGCGGCCGCUGUGCCUCCUACCUGCUGGCCAGAGAUGAGCUCUGUACUGCCCUUUGUCUCCUAAGGACCAUGCAGAGUUGAUGACAGUGCCCUGUCCUGGAGUCUAACUUGGGAGAUCUGCACAAGAGCAAAAACAGAAUUCUCAAAUAAGAAAUGCUGGUGGGGUCCUCUCCCCAACUCAGUCAGACCUCCCCAACCCUAGCUCACCCAUCCUGACUCACACCACAUGUUCUCAGGUGAGCAUCUGCGCAGGUCCCACAUGAGGGUAAUGGUGGAGUUUCUGCAUCUCCCCCAAGGUCUGCUCCUUCAUAUGACCCUUUGCCAGUGCCAUUCAUCCAGGCCUAGCAAGGACGGAGCCCUCCCCCGUAUAGACUGACCAGUACACUGGGACAUAAAAUUGUGAAAUGGGUUGCUAAUUGCUGGGCAAAUCCACUCCUGCAGCAGCUGCCAGCACUCCCACCUGUUUUAGGGGAUGCAUGGCCAGUACUUGGUGACCCAGUUCAGAAAAGUAGCUCUUUUCUGAGGGAGAGAGGCUCAUCGGAGAGGCUGAUGGGCCCUGUAUCCACUCAACCCCUGCACACUUCACACCUCGAGCAGUGAGGGGACCCCAAGUCUGAUUUUGUUGUUAGUUUUUCCGUAGACCUCUGUCCAGAAAGACUUCCUUUCCAAAAUAAUAAAGAAGCGUUUGGACUAGUUUAAGCCAAAUGUCUUGCACUGGAGUAGAACAGACACUAGUGAAUAAGUAUAUGAAGAAAGUUCCCUGCUCUGUUGCCUUAGAAUCCCAGCCAACUGGCCACCAUCAAAGAACUAGAAGCCAGACCUGAUUGGGCUGCAGUUUUC